AUCUUCUCGCGACCACGCCGGAUGGCGACUGCAUUUCUUGGGGACGGAUCCCGGACGCCGAGGCUAUGAGGAGUCAGGAGGUGCUGGGCCAAGCGGCCCGCUUGGCCUCCUCCGGUCUGCUCCUCCAGGUGGUGUUUCGAUUGAUCACCUUUGUCUUGAAUGCAUUUAUUCUUCGCUUCCUGUCAAAGGAAAUUGUUGGCAUUGUGAAUGUCCGGCUAACACUGCUUUACUCAACCACCAUCUUCCUGGCCAGAGAGGCCUUCCGCAGAGCAUGUCUGAGUGGGGGCGCCCAGCGGGACUGGAGCCAGACCCUCAACCUCCUGUGGCUAACAGUCCCUUUGGGUGUGUUUUGGUCCUUGUUCCUGGGCUGGGUCUGGUUACAGUUGCUCGAGGUGCCUGAUCCUAAUGUCAUCCCCCACUAUGGAACCGGAGUGCUGGUGUUUGGUCUCUCAGCAGUGGUGGAACUUCUGGGAGAGCCCUUCUGGGUGUUGGCACAAGCACAUAUGUUUGUCAAGCUCAAGGUGAUUGCUGAGAGCCUGUCAGUUAUACUCAAGAGCAUCCUAACAGCUUUUCUUGUGCUGUGGUUGCCUUACUGGGGACUGUACAUUUUCUCUCUGGCCCAGCUUUUCUAUACCACAGUUCUGGUGCUCUGCUAUGUUAUUUAUUUCACAAAGUUACUGGGCUCCCCAGAAUCAACCAAGCAACAAGCUCUUCCUGUCUCCAGAAUGACAGAUAUGUUACCCAGAAUUACAAGAAGUAGAGCUUUUGUAAAUUGGGAAGAGGCUAAACUGACUUGGAGUUUUUUCAAACAGUCUUUCUUGAAACAGAUUCUGACAGAAGGCGAGCGAUAUGUGAUGACAUUUCUGAAUGUGUUAAAUUUUGGCGAUCAGGGUGUAUAUGAUAUAGUGAAUAAUCUUGGCUCCCUUGUGGCCAGAUUAAUUUUCCAGCCAAUAGAGGAGAGUUUUUAUAUAUUCUUUGCUAAGGUGCUAGAGAGAGAAAAAGACGCCACACUUCAGAAGCAGGAGGAUGUUGCUGUGGCCGCUGCGGUUUUGGAGUCCCUGCUGAAGUUGGCCCUGCUGGCUGGUCUGACCAUCACUGUUUUCGGCUUUGCCUAUUCUCAACUGGCUUUGGACAUCUAUGGAGGGGCCAUGCUUAGCUCAGGAUCAGGUCCCAUUCUGCUGCGUGCCUAUUGUCUCUACGUCCUCCUGCUUGCCAUCAACGGAGUGACUGAGUGUUUCACAUUUGCUGCCAUGAGCAAAGAGGAGGUUGACAGGUACAAUUUCACGAUGCUGGCCCUGUCCUCUUCGUUCCUGGUGUUAUCCUAUCUCCUGACCCGGUGGUGUGGCAGCGUGGGCUUCAUCUUGGCCAACUGCUUCAACAUGGGCAUUCGAAUCACACAGAGCCUCUGCUUCAUCCACCGCUACUACCAGAAGAGCCCCCACAGGCCCCUGGCUGGCCUGUGCCUGUCGCCAGUCCUCCUCGGGACAUUUGCCCUCAGUGGUGGCGUUACCAGUCUUUCAGAGGUAUUCCUCUGCUGUGAGCUGGGCUGGCUGGCCAGGCUGGCGCACGUUGCUAUGGGGGCCCUCUGUUUGGGAGCCACUCUUGGGAUGGCAUUCCUCACAGAGACCAAGCUGAUCCACUUUCUUAGGACUCAAUUAGGUAUGUCCAGACUCGCUGACAAAACAACGUGACCUCGGGGCAGCAUUGGCACUUGGAGCAGCUGUGGGGCCGUUUUGUGGGUGGAACACAUUUUCUAUGCAGAAGAGCCAAGCUGAGGGGUCUGCAGUGGAAUGAGACCUGCCCAGGAAGGUGAGACGUCAGCAAACCACCAGACCAGACACUUACAUCCAUUUGAGGUUUUAGACAGAAGGAGGAGUUCCAUUUUCAAGGGAAGACCAAAAAAGCUCUUUUAAAAUAGAUGUAAUUAUUUUUUCCACCAUUUUGUUGUAAUCAGCAUUUUUCUUUUGAGUCAUAUGUUAAAUCCUUUUGGAUGUCAUUGACCUUAUGAGCUAUGUCCUCCAACAAACUAUAUCUUGGAUGUUCAUAGUUAAUAAUCAUCUGGACCAGAAGAAGAGAUGUAGCCAUUUUACCCUUCACAGGAAUAUUUCAUGGAUCCUGUGAAAGCAGGAAGGAGACUUGGUGUUACGUGAUGUCAUGCACCAAACAAGAACAAAGUUGGCCCUGGUGGUGUAACUUUCCCCACAUCAGCACUGUGGCCUGGGUUUUUAGAGAAGGAGAAAUGUUGCUCAGUGAGAAAUCCAAGCAAUGAAAGCAUAAGGUCGCAUUUCCCACAGUUAGCCCUGAGGGCCACACCUCUCAUCUCAGUGCUGUGACCCCCAGGCCAGCACGUGCCUUCCCAGAGCAGGUGUGAGCUGGCUCAAGACUUGUAGCCUGGCCACCUGAAAGAGUGGGGCUUUGAAGGACUCUGUGAUCUAGUUUGAGCUGCCUUGUCCCCUGAAGGGAACACUGCUUUGCAUCUGGCUGUCAACUUCUCAUGCGGAAAUUGCACAGAUGACAGCUGAAGUUGAAGAGAGAUAUCUUUUUUUCCUCAGAAUAAAAUAGAGUGAAUUCUA